AUGUCUCUAGCCCUCUGGUUCAACACCAGCCAGGUCGGGGAUGCGGAGGGAACACGAGGAGGAGUGGCAGUAGUGGGUGGGGCGGGCGGGGCGAAGGGAGGCGGGAGCAUGAGGGAGAGGAUGAGGGAGAUGCGGCAGCGGGUGCUACAGGGGAGGGCGGCUGCUAAGGCCGGCAUUGGCGGCGGUGGGAGGAAGCAGCUGGGGUGGGACCUGGUCGCUCUGCGGAUUCUUGAAGAAAAAGCAAAGGGUGAUGCCUCCCCCUGGGCGCCCUACAUCCGCUCCCUGCCUCCCUCUGUUCCUCUGCCCAUCUUCCUCCCUCCUGAGGAGGAGGGAGAGGUGCAGUGGGCAUCGACCAUGGAGCAGGUGAAGCGGAUGAACGAGGAGAUCAGAGAGACAUACCACAAGCACCAUGAUUCCACGCAUCCCACCCUUUCCUUUGAUGAGUACAAGUGGGCGGUUUCAAUGGUUCACAGCCGGGCUUUCACUCUGCCAGUCAGGCCGGGCGGCAAGUUUGAGCAGUUUGUGAUGAUGCCGUUCAUGGAUGCCAUCAACCAUCAUUACAACAACCACAUGGACUGGAUGGCAAAGCCUGUCUCAUCUGAGGGCGUGUUGGAGAUCCGGCUAAAGCGGGCUGCCAAGAAGGGAGAGCAGCUCUUCACCUCCUUUGGGCCUCGCAGCAACGAAAACCUCUUUCUCUACUAUGGAUUCAUUCUGGAAGGCAAUCCGUUUGACAGCCUCGCGCUCUUCCCUUCCUUUGAGGACUCGGUGCGCUGGCUGCUCGACCGCGUCUACACAGACUGCCGCUCCGACUCCCUCCAGCGCCACAUGACCGUCGCUGCCAUCGCCGGUGCCUCCUCCUCUGCCGCCUCCUCUGCCGUCGCCUCUGCAGCUGUCUCAUCCUGCUCGCGAAUCUCCUUCACUCAGGCGUGGAAGCAGGCCCGCGCGGCCCUUGAUCGGCCCUCGUCGCAUGAUGCCUCUCGGGGGUUCGAGCGGGACAGGAACCUCUGGUGGGAUUUAAUGAACAGCUGGGCUUCGUUCGGGUAUGAGAUCCUGCCGUACCGGGCAGGUCCGGAUGUUCGUCCGGCCGGGAGGGUUGAUCCGAGCCUGCUCGCGGCGCUUGCCGCGGCGGCUCGGUUUGCAGCUUCAGCGCCGAACCGGACGCUGCCUGCUGGUGCGUUUCCGAGGUGCCCACCUGGGUGGCGGAAAGAUGGGAAGAGUGGGGGCGGUUGGGGGAGGGUGGGUGGUGGGGGGGAGGGGAAAGGGGGUUUGUCUUGGCCUAGGUGUUGCCGAACCAAGGCAUGGAGAAUAGCUUGUAGAAGUGAUGGGGUUGGAGGGAACAUAGGGUCAACUGAGUCAACAGAGUCAACAGGGAAUGAGGUGGAUGACGAAUUGGGGGAUGACGGGGAGAUUCAGUCAGGGGGAGUCUCAGGCAGAUCUACAGGGUCAACGGACGGUGAGGAUGCAGCGAAAGCAGCAUUAAGAGCAGCUAAGGCAGCAGAGGACGAGGCUGCAGUGGCUGCAGCGGAGUAUGUGAAGCUGCUUAUAGUGAGGCGGUGCCGCGAGCUGAUGAUAGGCAUGGCCACGCCGGCACACUAUGAUUGGUGGCUACUGCAGGAUGUGGAUCGCGUGGGAGGGAAGCUUCUGGGAAGCGAUGGAGGGGUGGAUGGGACAGGAGCGAAAAGAAUCGGUAGCAGCGGUACGGGAAGCAGCGGCAGCAGCAGCAGUGCUGCAGGCGGUGGUGGUGGUGGUCGCAGUGGUAGUGCUGCCAGUGGUGCUGAUGGUGGGAGCAGCAGUAGCGGUGGGGGAGACGGUGGUGGCAGUGGAGGAGAGUUGGAGAGGGAGGGUGAGAUGCAGUGCAAGUUCAGGGGACAGGUGUUGUCGCCGCAACGGUUGCUUGCUGUCAAGUAUCGGCUCAGUAGAAAGGAGAUGUUGCUGGCUGUUAUCAGAAGGCUGGAAGCUGGAUUGUGA